GCGGAAGUGAGCGCCGUGGAGGCCGGGCGGCCGGCCGUGGUAGGAGGGGCUGUGAGGAAGGGAACUCGUGUUCCGCAAGAUGGCCUGAUAUGAAGGAAUCACGCCUCCCCAAGCUGCCCUGUCCUUCAAGUGCAGGAGCCGGUUGAAAUGUCGGGAAUGGAAGCCGAUGCGACCAUCCCGAUCUGGCAAAAUAAACCGCAUGGGGCUGCUCGCAGCGUAGUGAGAAGAAUUGGGACCAACCUGCCCCUGAAGCCAUGUCCCCGGGCGUCCUUUGAGACCCUGCCCAAUGUCUCUGAUCUGUGUCUGAGGGAUGUGCCCCCAGUCCCUACUCUGGCUGAUAUCGCCUGGAUUGCUGCAGAUGAAGAGGAGACAUACGCCCGGGUCAGGAAUGAUACACGCCCCCUGAGGCACACUUGGAAGCCCAGCCCUCUGAUUGUCAUGCAGCGCAAUGCCUCAGUGCCCAACCUGCGUGGGUCCGAGGAGAGGCUCCUGGCCUUGAAGAAGCCAGCCCUGCCGGCCCUGAGCCGCACCACAGAGCUGCAGGAUGAGCUGAGCCACCUGUGCAGCCAGAUUGCUAAGAUAGUGGCAGCGGAUACAGGAAGUUCAAAUGUCUCUUCUCCCUUACCUUGUUUUGGAUCCUCAUUCCACUCUACAACUUCCUUUGUCAUUAGUGACAUCACUGAGGAGACCGAGGUAGAGGUCCCCGAGCUUCCAUCAGUCCCCCUGCUUUGUUCUGCCAGCCCUGAAUGUUGCAAACCAGAACACAAAGCUACCUGCAGCUCAUCUGAAGAGGAUGACUGUGUCUCUCUGUCCAAGGCCAGCAGCUUUGCUGAUAUGAUGGGGAUCCUGAAGGACUUUCACCGGAUGAAACAGAGUCAAGAUCUGAACCGGAGUUUACUGAAGGAGGAGGACCCUGCUGUCCUUAUCUCUGAGGUCCUAAGAAGGAAGUUUGCUCUGAAGGAAGAAGAUUUCAGUAGAAAAGGAAACUGACAGCACUCAGCUCUGCACACUCAGUCUCCUGCUCCUGGAAUUCCUUCAGUAGCUGCCUUCCUCACCGCAGAUGUUUCUGUCUCUCCAUCAGAAGUUUUCUGCAACAGUCUUGCCGAAAGCUAGAGCUUGGACUGAAAGAGCUGGAUUAUAUGUUUCCCAUCUUCAAACCUUAGCAGAAGCUAAGGCCUGUUGUGAGCUGAGAGACUUGUUACAGGUAAAUGUAUAGAUUGGAAUGUUUUGGUCUAAAGGCUGAGCUAGAAGUUUCUGGUUUUUCCUUGCCCCUGUGUGAAAAUAGGUCCUGAAUGACUUACUUCACUGCAUAAGACCCUGUAACUGGUCUUACCGGACACUUUGUGCCCAGCUGUCACUUACUCUUAGCAGCUUUCUUGAAGCAGAGAGAGCUAUCAGUGUUUAUGUACAUGUUCACAGGGCAGGAAAAAUCUUAUGCUGCACCAUCACAAACCAACACCAAUGCCCAGCAAUCACCCUCUUCCCAUGUCUAACAACACCUAGAUGUAGAGGUCGGACCUCUGGACCAGCUGACAUUUGGGCUGCUUCUGGGAGGCCUGGGCUGUUUUUUUCUUAAAUAUAUUUUGUAAUACUGUACAACCAAAUAUACCCUCCAAGGCCCCACUGACUGAACUCCUGCUCUUCCAUGGACUUUAGUUCAAGCCCAGUAGGAAACACAAAUGGGGAGGGGAAAGAGAAUACCAUCUUUCUUUGAGGCCCUUGACUGCUUCUUUGCAUUGGGCCAAGGUUUGUAUCCACACCAUGCAUGACUCAGAUGCCCUCAGGUCCCUUUCUCUGCAGUAUGUAUCCCGUGUGUGUUUGGGUUGAAGUACUACCUGACAUUAAAGGAUUUGGCAAGAUACUGCAAAAAAAAAAAAAAA